AUGCCGAAAUCUGCCAGAAAUAAGGUGGUGUCUUUGACCCAGACUGAGAAGAAAACUCGGGAGAAUAAAGAGAGAAUUGCUGAUCUUAUUCGUGCUGGUAUGGACGAGUACAACUUUGUGUGGGUUUUGAACGUCGAGAACAUGCGUAACACUUUUCUUAAACAGAUCCGUCAAGAUUGGGAAGGCUCUCGCAUUUUGUUUGGCCGAACCAAGCUGAUGCAGAAGGUUAUUGGCCGUUCCCCGGAAGACGAGUAUAUGGAGAACUCACACGAGCUGUGCAAAGUUGUUCAGGGCGACGUUGGUCUUUUAUUCACCAACGAGGAGCCACAGGUGGUGACAGACUAUUUCGAGUCUUUUGUCAAGACCGACUUUGCUCGUUCCGGCCUCAUUGCUCCUCUUACUUUUGUUAUCCCUGAGGGUGUUGUUUAUUCGACCGGUGGACAGCAGAGCCCCGAAGAAGACGUCCCUCUUGCACACUCCCUUGAGUCAACUAUGCGUCAAUUGGGCAUGCCCACCCGUCUUGUUAACGGAAAAGUUACCUUGAGCGCUCCAUACACUGUUUGUGAGAAAGGCCAGACAUUAGAUUCGAAGCAGACCCGCCUUCUUAAGCAGUUUGGUGUUGCCUGCUCUCAGUUCAAGGUCAACCUCCGAGGCUACUACUCCAAGAAAGACGCCAAAGUUGUGCUUAAUGAUGAAUAA